UAAAUAUCGAUCAUUACAGAUUUUAUUUGAAUUUUAAAUCUAUGGGGACCUUUGCAACAGUAGCGCGCUCUGAUGUCUGUAUCCAAUUUUCAGGCCGUGACAAUACUACAGCGAGCGUCCUCCUUCUAUCUAGCCUUCGUGGCCCAGCCUUAAAUCGAAGAAAAAUGAACCGCAAAUUUUUAUAUUUAAUUUUUGCAGUCAAGUCGUCGGCAGAUUCGGGCAGUGAAUUUCAGGUCCAAAUAAGCUUUUAGGAUGAAGUUUGUACAACUAGUAAACAAGGGUCCUCAGUGGUGAAAACGGCCCUAUUUACAAUUUUUUUAUCUUAAAAAUAUUGAAUGCGUGAUUUGUAAAUUGUUUUAAUAAAAACAUUAUUAAUUAAAACUUUUCUAACUAAAAAUUGUGUAUUGUAAAAAUAUGUUAGGAUGGUUAUAAAAGAAAAACAAAUUGAUAAUUUGCACACUUAAAUUUAUUUGUACUUGAUUAAUUUAUAAAAUAAUUUUAAUUUUAAAAACUAGAAUACACAACCUGGGCAUGAUAAUAAAAUUAAAUUGAAUGGAUAAUUUACAAAAUGAUAAACUAUUAAUAAAAAAUCAGUUGAGAGUAUAAUGAUAUUUAAGAAAUAAAAAUACAAAAUAAUUUCAACUUUUGUUUGAACACAAACAAUGCAACUGGUUGAACCUCUUUUAUAUAUUAAUAAUAUUAAAAUUAAAUAAAUGUCACUCUGAAGUACAAUAAUAGAUAGUGCCGAAUUCUUUCAUAAUUAUUGCUCAAUUUCGUUAAAAAACUCACCUAAAAAUAUUAAUCAAGGACAAACAAAUAUAAAUAUGGAAUCAGAAAUUUUAUCUGAUGAUUCUCAAUCUAAUUUUGACAUAAUACAACAACAAUUGCAUAAUAAUAAACAAAUAUCGCUAUUGGUAAAAUUAAAAAACUGGGUUUUAAAAAAUUUUUCCGUAUUAAAAAAAGAAGUAGUUAAUGAGUUACUUAUGAUAUUGAGAGAAGAAGGAUAUCCUGAUAUUCCUUGUAACAUAGAAAAUUUGAUAACUUUAAAAUUUUCAAUUAAUUCUGCAUCAAGUCUCACAAAGAAAGUAAAUAAACCAAACUCGUCAAUAAUAAAUCCUGAAGACUACCAGAAUAACUCAAUAUUUAUUAAAAAUGAAUGGUCAGAAUCAUGGAUAAAUGACCAAGUUGAUGAGUUUGAUUCUAAUAAAAGUCAUGAUAAAAAAACAGAUUAUGAUCAAUUAGUAUUAAAUGGUGAAAAAAUACAAACAGAUCCUUUCAUUGAUGCAUCACCAGAUUUUUCAGAAAAUAUGAGUGACUCAAGAGACCAAUUAUCUGAUAAAGAUUGUAUUCAUUCAUUGUCAGACAGAGCUACAAGUGAAAAAAAUGAAAAUGAAAUAAAUCUUGACACGGAAAAUUCGAAGUUAUACACUCUAAUAAAGGGAGACUUAUUAAAAAUGGAAACUAGAUGGUCACAAAAAUUGGAAUCAACAAAACGUAGUUUAAUGUGUGAUAUUGUCAGAAAAUAUGAAGAUUUAAGAAACAGUUUGAAUUCGUCAUCACGGGCAUUAGGUACAAGCCUCAUAGAUGACAAAGAAAUAUUAGGUGUUAAAUUACCAUUUCACACUGUUAAAAGUUUUCGUGAAUUUGAUGAAUCGAUUGGAGAUAAUCCUGAGAAAGAAAUAGCAAUGAAAUCUUUAAUGACUAAUUUAUGCUUUGGGGCAUCACACGUGAGUGCAAGUAUUGGCUGUAUAUUAUCAGCAUUUCUAACAAGAGAUUUACAAAUGCAAUACAGCGCUUGUGGUAAAAAAAUACGUGGCGUCAAUAAACUAAAUUUUGGUGACACAUACACGUUUCAAUAUGUCAAAGUGUACUUUCAUUGGAUUCUGCAAGCCAAUAAACAUCUAUUUCAUGGGAAAAAUGACUUCCACAACGGGCACAAGUGAAACAGCUAGAAUUACAGCUAAGUAACUAUGGGCACUUUCGAAGAACACCACAUGCCCUACAAUUUGCGACCGAAACCGCGUCAAUAUCAUAAAACGCAGCUGAGUAUUAGAAAAUUAAAAAAAAAAUAAUUCAAUUUACGUGUAUUUUAAAUGGGAAAUCUUUGAAAUCAAAUGGAAAUUACUCAAUAUUGGAAUUAAGAGCUCAAACUUGGCAGGAAUUUUUGUUUUAGCAUAAAAAACAAUAUUUUGCUUGAUGAGUAACGAAAACAAUACUUUUGCCGGAAACGAAGUACCCUGCUAUUCAAAUUAAACUAAAAUCCUUAAUAAAAUAUUUAAAUAAAAAAAAAAAACCGUUGUGCUCAACUAAUUAAAAAGAUAUUUAAUUAAAAAGAUCAAUUUUUUCGGCAAUGUAGGUAGCGUUGAUUAUUUUUCGUACAAGUUGGCAACACUGUAAACUAUUAAAAAGAAAUAAAGGGUGCCUAAGAGAGAUCCGAACGAAAUUGUAGCCAACGCAACAAAUGCAAGAAAAUUUAAAAAUCAAAAUUGGUCAAUAUUAACAUAUAUACAUUCCAUAGCUUAUAUAUUACACUAAAUGAAGUACAAAUCAAAAUAAAAACUCUAAAUUGAUAUGACACACACUUUAAUCGUAAAAUGUGAUAAUUGAACAACAAAAAUCCAGUUACCAAUAUGAAAAAAACAAAUAGUAUGAAUAACAAACUCUUUAAAAGUAUCUAAGCUAAAUUUUUCAAAAAAGAGACAAUUCACAUCACGUCGAACAAAAACUCAACCGUCGGUAGGGUAAAUCUUGGUAGGUAACUGACUAACUAGGUAAUCAAGUCUUAAGCUAUAAUAUGUAGAUACUUUUAAAGAGUUUGUUAUUCAUACUAUUUGUUUUUUUCAUAUUGGUAACUGGAUUUUUGUUCAAUUAUCACAUUUUACGAUUAAAGUGUGAGUGUCAUAUCAAAUUAGAGUUUUUAUUUUGAUUCGUACUUCAUUUAGUGUAAUAUAUAAGCUGUGGAAUGUAUAUAUGUUAAUAUUGACCAAUUUUGCUUUUAAAUUUUCUUGCAAUUGUUGCGUUGGCUACAUUUUCGUUCGGAUCUCUUAGGCACCCGAAAUAAAAUAUAUUGGAAAGAGAUGGAAACAAAGUGAUAAUCAUAAUAGUGAAGUAACCUAACCGACAACUGUCAAAUUUAACUUAUAUUUAUACACAGCGGUAUUUUUUGAAAUUUGUCUAAUCAAAAAUUUUUAUAUGUAAAUAAUAAUAGUAAAUGUUAUUAAUAAUUAAUUAAUUAAUAUUAAUUAUCAAUAUUACUAUGAGUGUGAAUGUAGCAGGCAUCAAACAAA